UGAAGGCACCGUUUUCCAGAGCGCACGAGCAGGAGUAGCGGUUUAGCUAAACCAGUUUGAUCGCGUUUAUUUGUUGCUUGAAUCAUUAUGAACUUGUUUCUGAGGCAGGUUUUUUGUGUUAUUUUGCGAUUUAACAAACAGCUGGCUACGCUGUUUUGUUAGGCCUGUUUAAAACCAGUUAAGACGUAAAACAACGGGUCAAGCAGCGGCUUAUCGUGUUAAAAAUGCCCACUGAAGUGAAGCAGAGGAGGAAGACUCCAAAACAAAACACUCAUGAACUUUCGGAAACUUCGUCUGCUAAGGGUGAAGAUGAAAAGGAGACAUCGGAGGACCACUAUAUUGCAAAUGAAACCCCUUCUGGUCCCGACAUGAAAAGUUUAAUGUGCUUAUUGUCGCUUGUAACCUGCGGAGUUUUGAGCUGGGUGGUGCUGCGGCAGAACGAGAGGUUCUCGCUAAUAGAGGAAAAGUACCAGACUCUGUACGGAAGGACUUCCAGCCUGCUGGACAAGGAGGAAGACAUGGUUCAAGUGUCUAAAAAGCUUGCUGCGUCCGAAGAUGACCUCCAGGAAGCGCUCUCCACCGUCUCCUUGGCAACAAGGCUCCAGCAGGACAUCUCCACCCUCCAUGCUGCCAUCAUGGUGAUGCAGACUGACGAGAACUCCGCCUCCCGCGACCUGCAGUCAGUCAACGCCCACUUCCUGGACGUGACGGAGACGUGGCAGGAGCGGCUGGCUGCUGUCACCUCGGAUCUGGCUGCCAUCAAGGCCGAGGCGCGGGAGGCUCACGCCGGAGCCACGGAGCGGGUGAACGAGGCCGAGCAGAGGACCCGGACGCUGGCGGAGAGGCUGGAAGAGCUGGAGGACAGCACAAAGAGGAACGCCAGAGUUAUGGAGCGCACUGAGGAGGACGACGCCAAGCGAGCGCAGGACCAGCUGGACUGGAACACCAGGCAGGUCCACAAACUGGAGGAGCAGAUCGGCAUCCUGCGCAGGAGGGAGGUCGAGCUGAGCGCUCAGCUCCAGGAGCACGUUCUCCGCGCGCAGGCCUGCGAAGAGCACCUGCCCCAGGUGGAGGAGGCCGUGCGCUCCAUAUUAAAACUGAGCGGCGAUCUGAUGGGGGCGGAGAAGAGGCUGGAGGAGGUGACGCUCCAGGUGUUUGGGACUGAGGACAGCAUGCUGAAAGCGCUGAGCGAGAUCCUCGAGAUCCGACAGGAGCUGGACACCCUGCAGGCUCAAAACAGCAUCCUGAAGAUGAAGAACGAGCUGUCUGUGGUGAAGGAGGCCGUCCGUGAACUCACCACGGUGCUGAGGGGAAACCUGGUCGAGAGCCAAGCGGAUGCUGAGCUUUUGGAGGAAGAGGAAUGGAAAGAUGAAGAGCAGUGGCAGGACGAUGAAGCUGAAUAUCCUCAUGAUGAUUUCACCGUCUGAUUUUAAAUCAGUUACUGAUGUUUCUCUAGUACUUAUUUUGUUCCAGUUACACUUAUUAAAAAC